CCGUACUUGGUGUGACCGCAUCCGGAAACGUGAAGUGAGCGCCAUCGGUUGCGUUUUUUCGCGAAAUAAUAAAGUAAUAGAAAUAAACGGAGCGACAUGGGAGACAAGUUGCUGGACCCAACCCAGAUCAUCAAUGGACUGGCUGUGAUGCUGUCCUUCUUCGUGGGAUAUCGUUACGCCCUGAAACGUGGUGACGCCAAGGAUUCAUCUGACGAAGGAGCGGCAGCUACAUCCUCGUUGGGAUCCUCAGUGUCCAGUUCGGAAGCGCCUGUUUUGGAUAAGGGCUAUGGAGGCUUCAACGAUAACUUCAAGAUGGUCCUUGUGGUGCGCAACGACCUCAAAAUGGGCAAAGGGAAGAUUGCCGCCCAGUGUGGCCAUGGAGCGGUAGGUGCUUACCAGCGAGCUGUGGUCAGGACGCCAAAAUUGUUGAGAGCGUGGGAGAAUUGUGGUUGCGCCAAAAUCGCUGUACGCGUAGAGAGCGAGGCGGAGCUAAUGGCUAUCAAGAAGGCCGCAGAGCGCCAGCAGCUGAACACCUGCCUCAUCCGCGACGCCGGUCGCACCCAGAUCGAGGCGAACUCCAAGACAGUGCUGGCCGUGGGUCCAGCGGCUGCCGCAGACAUUGACCGUGUCACCGGUCACCUGAAGCUGCUGUAAGAUCCGCAUUACGGGAACUCUCACAGGCCAUAAGGCAUCACUAAUUCACUGGAGUGCAACCCGACAAUUCUCAAAGCAAUAGGACGCGUGGGUGGAGCGGUGGAGGAGUCUAGAGAUGGCGUCAUGCCACCGGGAAGAGCGACGACUGUGACAUGCAAGUUAAGCUAAGAUUUACGUUAUCACGUUCACUGUGAGCCGAGCUAUUAAAUAUUAAACGAUUACCAGUCCAUUGUGGAACUGCAAAGCUCCUAAACGAA